GUUGAUGUUUGCACCUCGACGGAAACAGUCGCACUUUUGGAAACUUAUCCAGGGAGGGAAACGCGCUCAUUGGGUAUUUGGAACACCACCUGUUAUUUAUUAUAUUUAUGUCUACGACGAGGGGCUUUGUCCGAAGUAAAGUUGCAAAAACACCGCACGUGAGUGAAUUUCGUGAAUGGUGCUCAAAAUUCGCGUAGAAUUCUCGACGCAGUGCAAAACGCGUACUUUCACCGUGGUGUGAUUUUUUUCCCGCCUUUUUUCCUCCUUCUACAUCUUCGCGAAACUCUUCUGGUGCGUCCGCACAACCACCUGCUGUCCAGUAAUCAUGACAAAGGAAAAGACUCCUUCAGCACCUCCGGCUGAACCUCCAACAGGUUUCAAUCUCAAUGAAUUCAAUUCCACGACAGCCUUGACGGAAAAACAGAGGCUUGAAGAUGAUGAGGAAUACCAUCCCUUCGAGCAUCGUGAAGUGGCAAAGCCCUUCUCGACCGGAGGAGCUCUGGCGCAUUUGCUUAAAAGUUCCCUGGGUACAGGGAUCCUCGCCAUGCCAAUGGCAUUCAAAAAUGCUGGUUUACUCUUUGGUGGAAUUGGAACGGUCGUUGUAGGAUUUCUAUGUACAUACUGUGUUCAUAUUCUGGUAAAAACAUCACAUGAUGUGUGCAAAAAAGGUAGAAUCCCACUGCUAGGAUUUGCUGAGACGGUGGGAAAAGUUUUUGAAUUAGGACCUGUGCCACUUCAGCGAUUUUCAAAUGCUGCCAGACUCUUUGUCGACUACGCACUUAUGGCGACAUACUACAGUGCAGGCUGUGUCUACAUUGUCUUCAUUGCGACGUCCUUCGCCAAAGUCGUCAAUUACGAAUUGGAGCUCGGCUGGGAUGUACGCAUAUGGAUUGCCCUUAUGUUCGUACCCGUGUGGGUCAUGGGACAAAUUCGAGAACUCAAAUAUCUCGUACCCUUCUCAGCUAUCGCCAACCUCUUCAUCGUCAUCACAUUCGGCGUCACUCUCUACUUCAUGUUCAACGUAGAGCUCGAAUUCCACGACAAACCACUCUUUUCCAGCUUCGCACAACUCCCACUAUUCUUCAGCACUGUGAUCUUCGCAAUGGAGGGAAUUGGUGUUGUGAUGCCCGUUGAGAAUACCAUGAGGAAACCACAGCAUUUCCUUGGAUGUCCCGGUGUUCUCAACACCGCAAUGAUAACUGUAAUUGUCCUGUACGCCGUAAUGGGUUUCUUCGGCUACGUGCGUUUUGGAGAUAUUGUCGAGGGUAGCAUAACGCUCAAUCUGCCACAGGAUCAAGUAGUCGCUCAAGUAGCACAAAUCCUCAUCGCUUUGGCCAUUCUCUUCACCUUUGGCCUGCAAUUCUACGUCCCCAUGGAUAUUCUCUGGCGAAAGAUUCAGGAUCGUAUCCCAAAGGAGAAGCACAACAUUUCACAAAUUGCCAUUCGCACGGGAAUCAUCCUCAUUAUGUCCGCCAUUGCAGCUGCUGUACCCAAUCUUGAGCCAUUCAUCAGUCUCGUGGGAGCACUCUUCUUCUCAACACUUGGGCUCUUGGUCCCCGCUGUCGUGGAGACAGUCUUCAAGUGGCCCAAUGCCCUUGGACCGUUCAAACUUCUCUUUGUAAAGAACAUUAUUGUGGGUGUCUUUGCCAUCUUUGCCCUCGUGUCCGGCUCUAUUGUUAGUAUUCAGGAAAUUGUUGAGAUUUAUCGCGGAGAAGGAGAAGAUCACUAAACCAACGAUUGAUUUUCUCAUCUAUUGCGUCAACCCAAUAGCCCUCUCCGGGGCAACACGCUAGGAACAACAAAUCGCAAAAAAACCACCCAAAAAAUACAGGACUUUUUUAAAAAAUAAAAAGGAUGCUUUCCUGCAUCCUUGUCUGUAAAUAGUGCAUUAUAUAGAAACAGGAGAGAACGAGUGCGUAUUCUAAGAGGAAACUUUUAUAAAGUAUGACCGAUUUUUUUGUUGUUGAAACUACCUUCAUUUAUCAUUUAAGGAUAUUUUUUGACUCUAAAGCAUUUUUUUGUAAAUGUUGUAAUAAUAUUUAAUUUAUAGAGAAAUUAAUAAAAAAAAAAUAAUAAA